CGAAGCUAUAAAAGGGCGACGAUCAGCUAGCGCGGAGUAGUCGUACGACAAACGGUUAUACAGUUGUUUGCAGAAGCUCCAUUGCCUGCUUCCGCUAACUAUCUAAUCUUCCGUCUUUUUCUACGAAAAAAAACUUAAAAAACUUCAAAAUGCGUGAGUGUAUCUCAAUCCACGUUGGACAGGCUGGAGUCCAGAUUGGAAACGCCUGCUGGGAACUUUACUGCUUGGAACAUGGCAUUCAACCUGACGGUCAGAUGCCAUCUGACAAAACCAUCGGAGGUGGUGAUGAUAGUUUUAACACCUUCUUCAGUGAAACUGGUGCAGGAAAACAUGUACCACGAGCUGUCUUCAUUGAUUUGGAGCCUACAGUAGUCGACGAGGUUCGAAGUGGCACUUAUCGCCAGCUUUUCCAUCCAGAGCAGCUUAUCACUGGUAAAGAAGACGCUGCCAACAACUACGCUCGUGGACACUACACAAUCGGCAAAGAAAUUGUUGAUUUAGUACUUGACAGAAUCCGUAAACUCGCAGAUCAAUGUACUGGUCUCCAAGGAUUCCUUAUCUUCCACUCUUUUGGUGGUGGUACCGGAUCUGGUUUCACAUCUCUCCUUAUGGAACGUCUCUCAGUAGACUACGGAAAGAAAUCCAAGCUUGAAUUCGCCAUUUACCCAGCUCCACAAGUCUCUACUGCCGUUGUCGAACCCUACAACUCUAUUUUGACAACUCACACAACCUUGGAACACUCAGAUUGUGCUUUUAUGGUUGACAACGAAGCUAUUUAUGACAUUUGCCGCAGAAACCUCGACAUUGAAAGACCAACCUACACAAACCUUAACAGGCUUAUAGGUCAAAUUGUAUCAUCAAUCACAGCCUCAUUGCGUUUCGACGGCGCACUCAACGUCGAUCUCACCGAGUUCCAGACCAACUUGGUGCCCUACCCAAGAAUUCACUUCCCCCUCGUCACCUACGCACCUGUCAUCUCAGCUGAAAAGGCUUACCAUGAACAACUUUCGGUCGCUGAGAUUACCAACGCCUGCUUCGAGCCAGCCAACCAGAUGGUGAAAUGUGAUCCACGUCACGGAAAAUACAUGGCCUGUUGUAUGUUGUACAGAGGUGAUGUCGUUCCUAAAGAUGUUAAUGCCGCCAUUGCUACCAUCAAGACCAAACGAACUAUCCAAUUCGUUGACUGGUGUCCUACUGGAUUCAAAGUUGGCAUCAACUACCAACCACCCACUGUAGUACCUGGCGGAGAUCUUGCCAAGGUUCAACGUGCAGUCUGCAUGUUAUCUAACACCACCGCCAUCGCUGAAGCUUGGGCACGUCUCGACCACAAAUUCGAUCUUAUGUACGCCAAACGUGCAUUCGUUCACUGGUAUGUCGGUGAAGGUAUGGAGGAAGGAGAAUUCUCAGAGGCUCGUGAAGAUCUUGCUGCUCUCGAGAAAGACUACGAAGAAGUCGGAAUGGACUCAGCAGAAGGCGAGGGUGAAGGCGCUGAAGAAUAUUAAAAACUCCAGCGUUAAUGAACCAUCGAGCACACGUUUUUUUACUUCAAACACAGCUGCUAUCAACAUUCCUUGAUUUGCUUCUUUAAUCUUUAAAACUCAGGAAAUCAAAGUAAUUUUUUUACUCGAUGGAAAAUACAUGACAUGAAUUGAA